AUGGAAUCAGAUCUCGAGGGAUCUGACUCCUCAAGUAACGACGUAGAAGACCACGUCAGUAUAUCUCUCCUUCCUGAUCAAAAACGCAACAGAAAGAAGCGAUUUACGGGUCAAAACGUUACUUUUAAACUGUGGAAGAUGUUUUGCGGCAAGGCCGCCAUUUGUGGCAUCGCAACUGGGUUGUUGUUGCUUUCAGUUUUACUUCUCGCGGUCUUCGCUCGCCCGUCUUCUUCACACGAAACUGUCAACACAAAACGGAACAAGAAAUAUGGCCAUGAUUUUGAACUGGUUAGAGAUGCUUCUGUAACCGAGCAUGUACAGAAGAAAGAAGCUCGCUCGCUAAGACUUCCGCGACAUCUAUCUCCGAUCGAAUAUCUUGUCCAUUUACAUCCUAAUCUGACAACAUUUAAAUUCUCCGGGAAAGUUGAUGUACUUUUGAAUUGCACUGAAUCCUCUCAUAAUAUCACCCUUCAUGUUGGAAGGAAAAUACAAGUUACGUCGGUGAAAGUGGCCAUUUUAGAAAAUUCUCUAGCUUUAAAAAGGGAGAUAAAAGUGGCAAGCUUUAGUCCGCACUUGCCGGGUGAGAUGAUGUUGAUCUCGCUUGACGAAGAACUUCAGCCUGGGAAGCUAUACUUUCUUAUGAUUGAGUUUCAUUCGGAAUUGAGUAGAGGAUUGUCUGGAUUCUACUUGAGCAAAUAUUUUUCACCAUCAGGGGAGUUAAGGUAA